UAUUAUUCGGGUCGCCGCGGCAAGUUAACCGUGCUAGUGUGGCAGUUGGGAAAGCCUUGCGCUCGUCGCUACCAACUCUUUUUUCUGGCGCACGGACCAGGUUCGAUUGCCCAGGCGAGGUCUUUUCGUCGUUUCGUCAAUUGAAUGGGGAACAUUUCGCUUUUGAAGCCUUUACUCUCUCUUCGUCGAAUUACGCCAGUAUCGCAUCGCAUUGCAUCGCAUCGCAGACUACCAAUUGCGUCAAGCUCUGACACUAUUUGGUUUAUUUCUACCCCUAUUUCCCUUCGUCGCGAUCAAUACCGCCAUAAUGAGCUUCGUUACUCGUAGGGCUCUUUCGACCCUCAUCCCUCCUAAGAUUGCCUCUCCGAGUGCUAUCGGCACUGCCCCUGAUGCCCUCCGCAUGAAGCGUGUCGUCAGCUUCUACGAGAAGCUUCCCCGAGGACCUGCCCCCGAGAUCCAGCCCACCGGUAUCCUCGGUCGAUACCAGGCCAAGCACUUUGGCAAGAACCCUACCGCCAAGCCUAUCAUUCAUGCCAUUGCUCUACUUAUCCUUAUUGGAUACCCUAUGAACUACUACUACCACCUACGUCACCACAAGAACAAUGCUCAUUAAGCAGGUCUGGUAUUGAGGCACUGAGCGAAAUGGGGUAGAAACAAGCAAACGUGUACAUAAGAUAGGAUGGAGUCUAGCAUGAAUAGCCAUCGUGUACUAGAACAGAACUGAGCUUAACCUCUCGGAAAGAAAUCUACAGGUUCCCAGUUUUGCUCUCAUGUGAUUCUGUUUUACUAACAUGUAAUAUGGGCUAUAAAAAGUAUAUGAUAGACUAUAUAUUUAUAUAGUUAAAACCUAGGUACUCUUUCGUAAUUCA